AUGAGCGAAGCAGGACCACAAGUAAAAAUUAGGGAAGCUACGAAAGAUAACGUGGAUUUUAUCUUAUCUAAUGUGGAUUUAGCAUUAGCUAAUUCCUUCCGUAGAGUGAUGAUUGCUGAAAUCCCCACCUUAGCUAUUGAUUCAGUUCAGAUAGAAACAAAUACUACCGUGCUGGCUGAUGAAUUUAUUGCUCACAGGUUAGGGUUGAUUCCAUUACAAAGUUUGGAUAUUGAACAGCUGGAAUAUAGUCGUGAUUGUUUCUGUGAAGAUCAUUGUGAUAAAUGUUCUGUCGUGUUAACUUUACAAGCAUUUGGGGAAAGUGAGAGUACUACCAAUGUGUAUGCCAAGGAUUUAGUGAUUGUUUCCAAUUUACUUGGUCGUAAUAUUGGUCAUCCAAUCAUACAGGAUAGAGAAGGGAAUGGUGUGUUAAUAUGUAAACUAAGAAAAGGACAAGAAUUAAAAAUAACGUGUAUUGCCAAGAAGGGGAUAGCCAAGGAACAUGCGAAAUGGGGUCCUGCAGCAGCCAUAGAAUUUGAAUACGAUCCAUGGAAUAAAUUAAAGCAUACUGACUACUGGUACGAACAAGAUGCUACUAAGGAAUGGCCAAAUUCUAAGAACUGUGAGUACGAAGACCCUCCAAAUGAAGGCGAAUUAUUUGAUUAUAAAGCUAAGGCCGAAACAUUUUAUAUGAAUGUGGAAACUGUCGGGUCCAUACCUGUGGACCAAGUUGUUGUCAGAGGUGUAGAUACACUUCAAAAGAAAGUUGCAUCUAUAUUAUUAGCAUUAACACAAAUGGACCAAGAAAAAGUUAAUUUUGCCACGAAUCCCAACGGUGUCAGUGGCCGUGAGGGCAUGAUGAAUGGAGGAGACAAUGAUGUUAAUAUGGAUGGUGGAAUGGAACAAAACUCAUACGCAAAUGUCGCUAAUCCGGGAGGUGCAUAUGAUAAUGCUUGGUGA